AAAACCCCGGCUCCUUAAACCUCAUUUUGCAACCCAGGGAGAAAGGCGAGACUGGAGACGGAGCUGCUUUGUCUGAUGCGAUGGAAGAAGAAUACGAAGAGGAAGCGACGGCGGCACAGUCGAAGCCCCGAGGUCGCCACAUAAAGAAAAGAGCCCUAAAAAACAAAGCACUCUCCGUUUCUUUCAACGAGAAGGAUCUCAGGGAUUACGUAACUGGUUUUCACAAGAGGAAGAAGAAGAGAAGAAAAGAAGCCCAGAAGAAGCAAGAGCAGGCUGAACGCCGCAAGCGUAUUGAACAGCGCAAGAAGAGAAAGUUAGAAAAAGAAUUUGCCCUAUAUGGAGGAGCACUUCCCAGCACAAGCUCAGAACUUGAUGGAGUUGAUGAGAACAAUGAGGAUGAUGAAGAAGGAGACCCAACUGCGUCGGUUGCUGCGACAACGAAGCAUGAUGAUGAAAACAUGACUGUCACUGUGAUUAAGAGCGAGAUCUCUCACAAGGAAGAAGAAGAAGACUUUAGCAGUGAAAAGACUCAAACAGCAAUGCUGAGAUCAGUUGGAGAUAAAGUUGAUAGAAAACAAGCCUUGCCUGUGAGUAAAAGUAAACCAUUCAAGAAAGUUGCAAAGCACAGAUCUAAGCCACCAAGUAAAAGAGACAGAAAUAAGGGGAAGAAAAGGAACAAGAACAAGCAUUGAUGAUUGAUGACUACCUGGAACAAAAGAAUUUGUAGUCAUGGAUUCCAGAUGUUAUUCACAUAGAGAAGUGUAAUACAA